GAAGUCCGCAGAACUGAAGCGCGUUCUUCCCAGCAUAACUCGGACGGUUUUUGAAUGGCAUUGACUGACGUCACGAAGCGCGGUGUGCAGGCAAGACUGUUUAAAGCGGUGAGACUCGGGGAUGGUUUUCACACGAGUCACACGAGACGCAUUGGUCGAACUGUCCACGUUAUCACGGCGUAGAGCGCUGCCAAAUACCACGAUUGCAAAGUUUAAAAAGAAAAAAAUAACCUGUCGCGCUGAUAUAGUAGUGGAUACAAUGAUACGCAGUUCUUUCUCGAGAGCGGCAGGGAUGGUAAGCGCUUACAGAGUUUUGUUCACCUUGCUGCUGGUGGUAGUUCAUUGCGGGGGGACAGCGCAGACGGGCGCUCGUCACGGCGACUGCCCGUCCCGCUGUCACUGUGAAGAGGACGGCAUGCUUCUGCGAGUCGACUGCUCGGACCUCGGCCUGACGGCUCUUCCAGCAAACCUUAGCGUCUUUACUUCAUAUCUCGACCUCAGCAUGAACAACCUCACCCUCCUGCCCGCCAGCGCCCUCUCCAACCUCCACUUCCUGGAAGAGCUGCGUCUUGCAGGAAAUGACCUGACCCACGUCCCCAAAGGGGCCUUCUCCGGCCUCUUCAACCUCAAAGUGCUAAUGCUGCAGAACAACCAGCUGCGCCAGGUCCCCGGCGAGGCCCUGCAGAACCUGCGGAACCUGCAGUCGCUACAUCUCCAUAACAAUAGGAUCCGUUCCCUGGGAAAGAAAAGCUUUGAUGGGCUCCAGAGUCUGGAGACUUUGGAUUUGAAUUACAACAAUUUGGACGAGUUCCCCAUGGCGAUCAAAGCCUUGACGAGCCUGAAGGAGCUGGGCUUUCACAGCAACAACAUCAGGUCCAUCCCAGAGCAUGCCUUCAUUGGAAACCCCUCCCUGCUGACAAUAUUCUUCUACGACAACCCGAUCCAGUUUGUGGCCAAGUCUGCCUUCCAGCACCUGCCGGAGCUGCGCACACUGUCACUCAAUGGAGCCACAGAAAUCACAGAGUUUCCAGACCUGACCGGCACCAGGAGCCUACAGAGCCUGACCAUUACUGGAGCUCGCAUUACAUCACUGCCCAACGCCGUGUGCGACCAGCUGCCCAACCUGCAAGUGCUGGAUCUCUCCUACAACCUGAUCCAGCACCUCCCCAGCUUCAACGGCUGCGAAAAGAUCCAGAGGAUUGACUUGCACCACAACGAAAUCCAGGAGGUGCUGGCUGACACGUUCCAGGAGCUGACGGCUCUCCGAUCCCUUGAUCUGGCCUGGAACAAACUGAGCACCGUGGACCCUCACGCCUUCUCCAAUCUCCCCUCAUUAAUCAAACUGGACCUGACCGCCAACCUGCUGUCCUCCCUGCCGGUCACGGGCCUGCACGGGCUCACGCACCUCAAGCUGGCCGGCAACGAGGCGCUGCAGGAGCUCUUCUCGGCCGACAGCUUCCCCAAACUCAGAGUGAUGGAGAUGCCCUACGCCUUCCAGUGCUGCGCCUUUGUGUCCUGCGACAACUCCCCCGACCCCUGGGACCGCGAGGAGAACAGCAGCAAGGACGAGUACGCCAGGAAGGAAGCGGGCGUCAUGUCCGCACAAGAAGACCACGAUCUGGAGGACUUUCUGCUGGACCUCGAAGAGGACCCGAAAUCCCAUCACUCAGUUCAGUGCUCUCCAGCUCCAGGUCCGUUCCGCCCGUGUUACCACCUGUUCGGCAGCUGGCUCAUCCGCAGCGGGGUGUGGAUCAUCGUGGCGCUGUCCCUCGUCUGCAACGCCUUGGUGGCGGUCACCAUCUUCCUGUCCCCGACCUACGUAUCCCCGGCCAAGCACCUGGUCGGCCUCCUCGCCGUGGUCAACACCCUCAUGGGCCUGUCCAGUGGCAUUCUGGCCGUGGUCGACGCCCUGACGUUCGGCAGCUUCGCCAAAUACGGGGCGUGGUGGGAGAGCGGCGCCGGCUGCAAGAUCACCGGCUUCCUGUCCGUCUUCGCCUCGGAGACCUGCAUCUUCCUGCUGACCACCGCCGCCCUGGAGCGGGGCCUGUCCAUCCGCUGCUCCAAGAGGGCGGAGACCAAGUCGUCGGCGGGGAACGUCAGGGUGGCUUCCGCCCUCUGCUUCGUCCUGUCGUUGGCCAUCACGGUCCUGCCCCUCCUGCACGUGGGCGAGUACGGCAUCUCCUCCCUCUGCCUGCCCCUGCCCUUCGGCGAGCCCUCCAGCCUGGGCUUCAUGGUGGCCCUGGUGCUGCUCAACUCCCUCUGCUACUUCGUCAUGACCGUCACCUACGCCCGGCUCUACUGCGGCCUGGAGAAGGGCGAGCUGGACAACUUCUGGGACUCCGCCAUGAUCAAGCACGUGGCCUGGCUGCUCUUCGCCAACUGCGUCCUCUACUUCCCCGUGGCCUUCCUGUCCUUCUCCUCCCUGCUCAGCCUCUCCUUCAUCAGCCCGGAGGUGGUCAAGUCCGUCCUGCUGGUCAUCGUGCCCCUGCCCGCGUGCCUCAACCCCUUGCUCUACCUGCUCUUCAACCCCCACUUCAAGGAGGACCUGGGCCUGCUCCUCAAGCGGACGCAGUCCUGGAAGAGGACCCAGCGGGCCAGCCUGGUCUCCCUGAACUCGGAGGACGCCGAGAAGCAGUCGUGCGACUCCACGCAAGCCCUGGUCACGCUCACUUCCUCGGACAAGUCGGAGGGCAAGUCGCCGCGCCAGAGCGCGGAGGCGUACCGCCCGCCCGUGCCGUUUGUCCCGUGCCGUUAGGCCUGGCCGUGGAACGGGCUGCACCCCUGGAGUAAACCCUUUUCCUACAGCACCAGACUAACCACAUGUCAUUCUGCAAUACAGUUAAGAGCCCUACAUGGAAAACGCUGUACUGCCACCCAGCCCGUAGCCAGAUAAAGAAACUGACAAGUUGGAGCAUGGAAGGAGCCAGUUAGACUGUCAUCCAAAUAUAGAGGUCGAGUCCAAAUUCAGGUCUACAGGCGCCAGUUUUGCAUUUACCUCAGCAAAGUCUGUCACUGUCAAGCAACUCUGUCGAGCUCAAGAUGUCUUCUGACAUCCAUAGUGACAUGGAAUGGAAAACAGUGCUGGUCCUGAAUACUAAAUUAGUUUGGCAACUUAUGGCCACAUGCUUAACUGUGUAUAAUAAAGGUACUGGCCAAAGUUUACUCUCUCUCGAGGAGGAAGUUCUCGAUGUUCUCGUAGAGAGCUGCUUCUUGUCCUUUUUUCAUGGGGCACGUCUGUCUCCCGAGAUACGAUGCUUCGUUGAUUUCAAACACUUGAAAUCAGGCGUCCCGUGCCUACUCUGUUUGGUUAAAUUUAUUGUGAACCAGAACAGAUGUGUGUGACCAAUGAAAAUUCAUCCUUAAAAGGGCAUUGUGGCGAGACAAAACUGAGGCACAUUUUUACUAAGGAUUUGUUAAGCACCUGUCCCAAAUGGCAACGUGCCAGUAUUUCCUGUUUGGUCUUGUUCACCAUCUAUAGUUUGUCUUACACAUUCACAUUAUCUAUAUAAAAAAAAUAAUAAUAAUAAUAACUUUUUGGGGCCUGAUGAGUUCAUGCACUCACAUUAGGAUUCAGGGUAUUGCCACGUGGUAAUUUUUGUUCUACCGGUUAUCACAAUGUACCCAGCAGGAAUAUGUUGUAAAAUCCUGUUUUUGAUAGUACUUAUUUGUGUAUAUACGACACACUGAGUGCGCGCGUGUGUGUAUAGUUAUAAAACUGUGACAAUCUUGUUAUCCUACGUAGGCUAUGAGAGCAAUUUGUAAAAUUUGUCUUCUUGCUCUCGGUGUUUUAAUUUUAUGUUGUGUUUGAUUGCUUGUCGGUUAUUGUUUCCUUCUACAUUUCAUUUACCUACACGCAUUGUAUUCCCAUUCUAUUGUCUUAAACGAGACUUGGCAUUUUCCAGUGGAUUGCUGUUGGUGUGGUUUGCAUCGUGAAAUCAUCUCAUCUCAAGUUUUAAAAGUAUCCUCUCCCAUGUUUACUGAAAUUUAUUUAGCUAUUCAGAGAACUUAAAAGAGAAAUUGCGAUGAACUGUCAAACUUAUUGUUUCACUUUAGACUAUAUUUCAUAUUUUACUCUGUUUAUAGAGACCAGAUUUUGGAAAUGUUCUUUAUUACAGUCACAUGCGUUGUCUGAACUGUCAGAAACUUGUUAAUUCUGUCUUGUUAAGCCUGGGAACGGGGACAUCUUGUGUCUCCCUUUGUUCUUUGGCCAGGCGUAAGGCUUUGGGCGUUGACCUGGACAGGCCGUCAAGUGGGUCACAGGCUUCCAAGACCACUCAGAUUCCAACAACAGAACGAACUCCAUCGGGGAGCCAUUUCAGUCACUGACAUUUUUUCCCGCUUGUUUAUUUGAAUUUGUUUUGCAUUUUUUUGAACAAUUGUGUAGACAAACUAACUCUUAAUAUGAAAAAAUCAUGUUCCUGUUUCGAUGAAGCCUAGGCGAGCUUAUUUUAAGAAAAACCCAGAAACACUUCACAAGUCAUUUUCACUGCUUUCACUUUCACAUCCUCGCCCCCCAGGACUGUUAUAUCAGGACUAGAUCAUGGACUCUUCCUCAGUGUCUACAGUACCAUUUGUUUUGUCUUUUUUAAAAUCAGCUUAAUGCCAGUCUUUCUUUAAAUGGGCCAGAGGUUAAAAACCUUGUGGGCAUAUAUAUAUAUUUAUAUAUUUGUUUAUGUUGCAUAAAUGCUUCUUAAUGCCAUUUAAAAAUUCUGUUUAUGGAACACGCCAGAGCGCUCCUUCAGAAUCCCGUGGCACACGCGUGGUUCCACACCAAAUCAGCGGAUCUCCAUUGGCACUUCACAUUGGACUGCUUCUGCCAGUUAAAAUUUGCAGCGCAGCAAUAUAUCUGUUUCCUGAAUGCUCGAAUCAAGAGAGCGUUUAGCGUUCUCUAACGUUUAGUGCAUUUCCCUUGACCUUGGUUUUUUCAUUCAAGUGGGCAUCUCUGACAUCCACAUAGAAGGGACAGAUCUGUGCGCACAGAACACUGUUAACGUGCCUCUGGCAGUCCAACCAGUGGAAAUGCAGAUGAUAUUCAAAGGUGGCCUCCAGUCUCAGGUCCUGCAGAAGUGUGUGUGUAAUUAUUAACACCCGAGAUGGAUAAAAGUGAUUUGUGGUUCCGGGAAUACUCCGCAAAAAUGUUCAAUCCUGUCAAGCCGUUUAUGUCAGUAUCCCCCUGCCAGCUGAAACUCCCCUCCUCUCUGCCUGUUAAAUGUAACACACAUCUAUAAAUCACCCUGUCAAGCAAUGUUAAACUAUGAGCAAUGGUAUCUGUUACGGAAUAUAAGCUUUUCUGAUGUCAUUAUGAAUAUGUUGUUAAUGUAAAACAAAUGAACUUUUACUUACUCUUUAGACAACAAUCACAAUACCUUCAUGGCACGUUUUCACCAAAAGCUGUCUAUUUCUUGUUUUUCUUUAUAUGUAUUGACUUCAGUUUUACCGUUGUUGAACAGAUUCUUGAUUUGGAAGCAAAGCUAUUUUUGUAUGAUCUAGAGCUCUUUAAGGAUUUUUAAAAAAAGGUGUAUAAAUAUAGAGUUGUAUUUAUAUCAAAGUUAUAUGUGUAAAGAGAUGGACUGCUUUGCCCAUGCACUGCAGGUUUUAGAACACUGCCUAGCUUUUGCCUCCGUGGUAGCAAAGGUGUUCCUGUACAUUCAUAGUGGCUGUAAAUAGAAUGCAUAUUGGCUUUUUUUAUUGGAGUGCUAAAUAUAUGUAAUUUGUAAUAAACGAUUUACCAAACAAA